UGUAAGCAUUGUGGGACGUGUAGUUCCGCUUCGAGGCCGAUCGGCUUGAUAACAACGCGAGGAAGAACGAAACAAAAAUAAAUUAGACAAAACUUCAAUAGAAUAACAAGUUUAUCAGAUUUUCGUUGGAAUAAACAUGCCUGGAUUCACCUGCUGUGUCCCUGGCUGCUACAACAACUCUCAUCGGGACAGAGAGCUACGGUUCUACACAUUUCCAAAGGAUACCACGCAAAGGGAGAUUUGGCUCAAGAACAUCUCCCGGGCCGGGGUGAGCGGCUGUUUUAGUACCUUCCAGCCCACUACGGGACACCGCGUCUGUAGCGUACACUUUCCCGGUGGCAGAAAGACCUAUACCGUUCGAGUACCGACGCUCUUCCCGCUGAGAGGAGUGAAUGAACGCAAGAAUCGAAGGGGCAGGAACAGGAAAGCGUCUGCGGCGGCUCCUGUUCCAGCCCCCAGUCCAGGCAGUAUUGUCAUCACCAACGUUGUUUCGACAGCCCCAGAUGCCGUUGAGACCGCUCAGAGCGAUGCAGUCACCGACAUAGCUGCUACUGAUGGCCCUAUCCUGGUGCAGAUCGGUCCGGACGGCGAAUACCUCGGACCAGUAAAUCCAGCCGCGCAGGGUGACGGGUCCUGUUUUACUGCAGUCGUCUCCAGCUCCACUGACCUGGCCAGGGGCGACUAUCCCCCUGCAGACUCCGCGGCCACUGCCCAGCAGCAGACUGUGCAGUACUACAGCGUUGUCAGCAAUCCGCUGGACCACGCGUACUCGCUGACCACCGGGACCACCUCGGCCGAACUGCUUCGGAAGCUGAACGAGCAGCGGGACAUCAUCGCACUCAUGGAAGUGAAAAUGAAGGAGAUGAAGGCAACCAUCCGCCAGCUGCGCGUGACCGAGGCCAAGCUACAGGAGGAGGUGCGCGAGCGGGACCGUUUGCUGUCGGCAGGAGCAGCGGUAAAGAAAAUGUGACCAUCAUUCCCACCCAAAUGAUGGAUAACUAAAGACCGUCGCGACCUAAGACUCUAACGUGAGAUGAAGGGGUCCGUGGAGAACAGAGCAAACCCUCUUUUUUACGAAAGCGAUGAGAAUUUAUUUUAUAGAGGGAUGGCAACUUGUUGGUCUACUAAUGUUAUUUUUGGCUAGCUAGUUGAUAGUAAUAAUCCCAUAGUUGCCUAUAAAACAUUGCCCAGUUUAGUCCACCCAUGUGUUUGCUAAGUGCAAGCAGCCUUUUAGGAGAGUGUAAAAUCAUUGACGAAUGAGUUCUUGUGGAUCGCCUGGCUGCAACUCUAUAGCCUACUUUCGACAGAACAUUUAAAGGGAGAUGGGGGAAUUAUUAGGCCAUUGUUUUGUUGUUAAGCUGUUUGUGUUUGUAUGUCAGUGUCUGCAGUUGAAUUCUCCUUGCAGUAUAUUAAACACCAGCUUUUCAGCUCAGAGGCCAUCCUCCAAAACUAGUUUGCUUUGUGACUCUAACUGUGGGAAGAUGUGUUGUGCAUCAUGAAAGUAUGUGUGUUUAUCAGGUGCCUAUUUCCACCAGAGACCUGGCUUGAUCCAUGGCUCCAUCUGGUUGUAAGACUUUAACACCACCUAGAGGUUCACUGUGACUGGUGUCUCAACCUUCUCCCAAAUGGUUUGAUACAGUAUCUGCAGUUGGCACUCACAUAUGGAUAUUAUGUUAACCUCUGACUGUUGAACUUUGACCUGACAGCAAUGACUGUUCUGAAACUUAAACCAUAUCCAUUUGAAGUAAAUUUAAUUUUAAAAUAAUAUAUCCUGCGUUGUUUCUUUAUCUGUUUAAAUUGUUGCAUGAGUGUUAUUAUGAGUGUUACUAAUUUCUUGGAUAUAGCUCAGUAGGCUGGAUAGUGACAUUGGUGCAGUGACCUGGAUCAUAUCAUGCAGUUGAUGUCUAUCAUUUCUAUUCCCCUUUUCAAUUGAAACAGACAUUCUUUUACAGAAAUCCACUAAAGUGAACACCAUAGGGAUCUAGAAUCAUGACUUAAUCUUAUCUUGAUUAUUGGCCUGACGUAUGUAUGGUCAAGUUCUGCAAAAAAUACCUAGUUAAGCUGCAGCUGGCCCAGCACAGAGCCGCACGUCUUGCUAUUCAUUAUAAUCAGAGGGCUAAUAUUAAUACUAUGAAUGCCAGUUUCUCUUGGCUAAGAGUUGAAGAAAGACUGACUGCUUCACUUCUUGUUCUUAUAAGAAAUGUGUUGAACAUUUCUAAUUGUUUACUUAGUCAACUUACACACAGCACUGACACACAGCUCUGACACACAGCACUGACACACAGCUCUGACACACACUUACCCCACCAGACAUGCCACUAGGGGUCUUGUCACAGUCCCCAGAUCCAUAACUAAUUCAAGUAAAUGUACAGCAUUAUACAGAGCCAUGAGUGCACGGAACUCCCUUCCAUCUUAUAUAGCGCAAGCGAACAGCAAACCUGUUUUCAAAAAACAAAUAAAGCAACAUCUGAUGGCACACUGCCUAUCCCCCA